AUGUCAGGAGGAGUAUUCACCUUCUUGAUCGAGACUCUUGGGGUCCGCAACGUCCAGUUUGAAGAACUGAUUUCACUCGAUCCGGAAUCCCUCCAGCAACUCUCCCCCAUUGGCGUCAUCUUUCUGUUCAAAUACCCAACUGGAGAGAAGGCCCCUAAGGAUAAGCCCUUAGACGGCGACUUCGACUAUGCGGCGGUAGAGGCAUCAGAACAGCCCGUUUGGUUCGCGGCGCAGACGAUUCAAAAUGCUUGCGGCACCCAAGCACUGCUGUCCGUCCUGCUCAACAAGGCCAACCCCGAAGAUGGCGUGGAGAUCGGGUCCACGCUCAAAGACUUCAAGGACUUUACAUCAGCCUUCCCUGCGGAUCUGCGAGGCGAAGCACUCUCAAACAGCGACCCAAUUCGCGAGGUUCACAACUCCUUUGCCCGCUCCUCCCCUUUCGUCUCAGACGAGACCAAAAUCGCCACCGAAGAUGACGACGUCUACCACUUCAUCGCCUACACCAGCAUCAACUCAACACUAUAUGAAAUUGACGGUCUUCAGCCCGCUCCAAUACGACACGGCGACGUGGGAGCGUGCCCAAAAGAAAUCUUCGCAGACGCAGUCGUCCCCGUACUGCAGAGGCGCAUAGAACGGUAUCCAGCAACGGAGAUCCGCUUCAAUCUUCUCGCGAUGUGUGAGGACCUACGCGAGAAAGCGAGACGGGAAGGAGAUGAAGAGGGCGUGUGGAGGGAGGAGCAGAAGCGGAGGGAGUGGCGUUGGGAGAAUGCCCUGCGGAGGCACAAUUUUGUCGGGUUCAUUGGGGAGAUGAUGAAGGGGGUGGCGAAGCAAAAGGCGGAGAAGGGGGAGUUUGAGGGGUGGGUGGAUGGUGCGAAGGCUGCGACGCAGAAGAGGGUCGAUGAGAGGAAGAAGGGGGCGGCGGGCGACGAGAUGGAUGUUUCUUGA